AUGGAAGCGGAUUGGAAAGCCGCCUUGAGCCUUGCGGUGGACACUUUCGGCAAAUUAGACAUCAUCGUCAAUAACGCUGGGGUUGUUUACAACGCCUGUUCAAGCAUCGAGACGACCGAGGCCGACUACGAUCGAGUCAUGAGAGUGAAUCUCAAGUCCUUGUACUGGAGUUCUAAUGUGGCCAUUCCGCACUUCUUGGCUGAGAAGAAGGGUGGAAUAUUCAUCAAUAUCUCUAGCAUGGCGUCAGUCCGACCCCGACCAACACUUGUGUGGUAUGGGGCUAGUAAGGGAGGUCUUACCAACGCAACCAAAGGCCUAGCGAUUGAGUGGGCGAAGCACAAUAUCCGCUUCAAUGUUAUUCAUCCCGUCGCAGGGGAGACCUCCAUGGUCCCAUUCUUUCUUGGCGGACAUGAUUCUCAGGAGGGCCGAGACAGAUUUAUCAACACCAUUCCUCUCGGGCGAUUCGCUCAACCUACGGAUAUUGGAAACGCGGUUGCAUUUCUAGCCAGCGAUGAAGCAUCCAUGAUCACAGGGGCAUCUCUAGACGUCGAUGGUGGCAGAGGAAUUUAG